AUGCAGAAAGCUGGGCGUCACUUGUAUCUGGCCCAAUGGAGACCAACGGAAGAAGUGAGUUGUCGUCUUUUGAAUAAUCCGUCAUCAAAAUCCCAUAUCAGGGAGUUGCACGCUCGCAUUGCACGACUCGAAGCCGCACUGGCGGAGGCGCGCUCCCAGCGACAUCCGAAUCCCGAGUCUCAGAAGGACGCAUCAGCCGCCGAAGCAGAGGCACGCAGCCAAAACCUGAUUUACCGACUGACCCAACGUGGCUGGCAACUGAACAGCGACGCUGAAGGACAGUACAAGUUUUUCGGCCCAACCUCCAGCGUGCACUUGACGGAGAGUAUCUCAGUGUCGAUACUUGAACCGUGGGGGGAGACCGCCCUCAACGAAGACGACUUCACUAUCAGUGAUAUCGAUCUGGAGACACAAGCCCACCUGCUCGACUUGUACUGGAGGUUCCAACACACCGUCCUCCAGGUCUUCCAAAAGGACACGUUCCUGGAAGGCUUGGAAAAGGGGAAUUCGAAGUACGUUAGCAAGGCCCUUCUGUAUGCCGUCUACGCCUGUGGGGCGCGAAUCUCGCCUCGAGCAGAUCUAAAGCAGCUGGCUCUCCCGAGAAACUUUGACGACCCCGGCGAGGAGUUGCCGUAUCUCCUGGCCGAAGCCACACGACACACGGAAGAGGAGCUGAAAAGACCUCAAAUCACGACCAUCCAAGCGCUCCUCCUCCUGUCGGUGUUAUACAGUGCCAUCGGGCGAGACACCAAGGGCUGGCUUCUCACGGGGGAUGCAUGUCGAUUAGCUAUUGACCUCGGCAUCCACAAGAACACUACGGGCAAAACGCCCCAUGGCAGCCUGUCUCGCGAUGAUGUCCAGGCGCGGCAGCUAGCGUUCUGGGCCUGCGUGGUAUUCGACCGGCAGUGGGCUCUUUAUCUAGGCCGCCCACACUGUCUCAACGUAGGCGAUAUUGCCGCCCAAGAAGCAACGUGGAUGGAAGUCAAUCAUUCAUGGGAGGCCAAGAUGGCCUAUGCUUGGGUUUCACUACUUGUCAUCGUGGGUAAUAUCUGCGACGUUCUCAACGCCGAUGUUCGCGCCUACGAGAAACUUGAAGCGUUUGACCGGGCACUGCAAUCCUGGCAAUCCCACCUUGAUGCCUCGCUUCGGUACCACAACGGCUGCCCGGCGUCGGUGUCCAGUCUACACUUGAUGUUCUGCGCGGCCAUGAUCUUGCUGCAUCAACCCACCGCGAAAUUCGGAAGCCGUUCGAGCAGCGAGUCAGAGGCCGGCAGUGCCUAUUCUCGACGACAGUGUAUCACCUACUCGGCCGCGAUGGCUUCUUGUCUCCAGAACUUCCAGCAACAACAUGGAGACGUCACCACAUUGUCGGGCGUCGCGCUCCAUUCUAUCGCCCUGGCUUCCACAACUCUUGUCGCUCUGAUCGCCGAGAAAAAAUCUGCCGACGUCUCAGCACAGAUGCGUUCGCUCAAGACGUGCGUACGUGCGCUGGGAGAACUGGAGUCUACGUACGUGGUCGCAAGACGAGCGCGCAAGAUCAUUCAAUUGAUCAUCAGAGUCUGCCAUCUGGAGACCGAUUACGUAGAGAGUCGACCUCGGCCGACACGCGUCUCCGCCAGCCCUUCCAGUUUUCUGGAGAACCGCGCCCCGGAGCAGGAGGCUGUGGAAGGCCCUCUCCCCUUGGACGUUGAUAUCCCCGACGGCACUGGGCUAUCUGAAUACAGCCCGUUCGCCUUUGAUGAACACUUGCCAAUGUCCGCCCAGUUCGAUGUGUUCCAUACCUUCGAUGCAGAGGGUGUCGCGGGGCAGGACCCUUUUCAAAGGAUGUGUUGA